UAACGUGGAAGAGAAAGUUGGCAUGGCUUGUAAUGGCGGGAUUUCUUUUUAGCAUGAUCGCCGAUAUUAGCGAAGGUGGAAUCACCAGCAGCUUCUUGAGAAGUUACAAUUAUUCCUUGGAUAUGCCCUUGGACAGCGAUGUUUUCCGAGUACCCCUUGGUUACAAUGCUCCUCAGCAGGUCCAUAUAACACAAGGAGAUCACUUGGGGAAGGGUGUGAUAGUAUCUUGGAUUACUCAAGAUGAACCGGGUUCAAGUACUGUCAUAUACUGGGCAGCAGGGUCUCCGUUAAAAAUGCAAGCUCAUGGUUUUUAUAUUACUUACAAAUACUUCAAUUACACCUCUGGUUACAUCCACCACUGCACAAUUGAAAAUUUGGAGUUUGACACCAACUAUUUCUAUGAGGUCGGAAUCGGAUUUACUACUCGACAGUUCUGGUUUAAAACACCUCCUCCAGUUGGUCCUGAUGUUCCUUAUACCUUUGGCCUUAUCGGUGAUCUAGGUCAAACUUAUGAUUCCAACACCACAUUAACCCAUUAUGAAAAAAGCCCAGCUAAAGGAGAGACAGUUCUGUAUGUGGGGGAUCUGUCUUACGCGGAUGAUUAUCCAUUUCAUGACAACAUACGGUGGGACACUUGGGGAAGAUUCACAGAGCGAGUUGCUGCCUAUCAGCCUUGGAUUUGGACUGCAGGAAAUCAUGAGCUGGAUUUUGCUCCUGAACUUGGUGAAACCAGACCAUUCAAGCCUUAUACUGCUCGUUAUCAUGUGCCAUUCCACGCCUCUCAUAGUACAUCUCCACUGUGGUACUCCAUCAAAAGAGCUUCAGCAUAUAUCAUUGUCAUGUCUUCUUAUUCAGCUUAUGGUAAAUACACUCCUCAGUACAAAUGGCUUGAGAAUGAGUUUCCAAAGGUGAACAGAAAAGAAACGCCAUGGUUGAUAGUUCUUAUGCACUGUCCAACAUACAGUAGUUAUGUGGAUCACUAUAUGGAAGGGGAGACAGUCAGAGUAAUGUACGAGAGGUGGUUUGUGAAGUAUAAAGUGGAUGUUGUAUUUGCUGGCCAUGUUCAUGCUUAUGAACGAUCUGAACGUGUCUCCAAUAUAGCCUAUAACAUUGUAAAUGGACUGUGCAAACCCAUCAAUGACCAGUCUGCCCCGGUUUACAUAACAAUUGGAGAUGGAGGAAAUCUAGAAGGAUUGGCUAUUGCCAUGACAGAGCCACAACCAAAUUACUCAGCGUUCCGUGAAGCCAGUUUUGGACAUGGGAUUUUGGAUAUAAAGAACAGAAGCCAUGCUUAUUUUUGUUGGAAUCGGAAUCAAGAUGGGUAUGCAGUGGAGGCUGACUCCAUCUGGCUGCACAAUAGAUAUUGGACUCAUUCUGAUGAGGCCUCUCCUUCUGAAUUACGCCACAACAAAAUUCAACAGGUAGCAGAAGCAUGAUCCAAACCCAGAAAUUAUUGCAGCAGCCACAAAUAUUACGAUUCUUGGUUCCGUAAUGUAUGCACGUACUUAAUCUCCAACUUACGCUCGAAUCCAUGGAAAAUUUUUGCUGUUUAUGGUCGUUUUGUUCAAAUCUUUCCUCAUGAGAGGCUGCAUAAUACAGACACGACUACUGCGACUGUGAUUAUCCCAUCAAUAGUAGUCAAUAUGUAAAUUAGAA